AUGUCCACCAGGUAUCACCAAGCUGCCAUUGAUGGCUAUUUGGAUAUCUUAAAAGAAGCCACCAAAAAGGAUGUUAACACAAGUGAUGGUGAUGGAAUGACACCCACUCUAUUAGCAGCUUAUCAUGGCCAUCUGGAUGUCCUUGAACUUGUGUGCCACAGAGGUGGAGAUCCAAACAAAAGUGACAUAUGGGGACACACACCACUGCACCACGCAGCAGAGAGAGGGCAUGCAAACUGCGUGGCAUUCCUAAUUAAUUUUGGAGCAAAUAUUUUUGCACAAGAUAACCAACUCCGUUCACCGCUGGAUGUAGCUGUAAUGAAAGAACGUACAGAGUGUGUCAGGAUUCUGGAUGGAGCAGCCAACAAACAAAUGUCCUUGAAUCCUAAAAAGGUUGAAAGGUUAAAAGAGCAAGCUAUGAAAGAUGCCGAACGGAAAAUCAAAGAGUGCGAGAAGCUCCAAGAUAAACAUCAGAGUCAGAUGAACAAAAACUUUAACAGAAACAAGACUGGUACAGUAAAUUCUUCUAAAGGAACCUUAUCAGGCUCUAUUGGUUCUCACUUUUCAACACCAUCCACCAUGAGCACUUUAACCAAGGGACUAAAGGACACAUUACAGCUUAAAUUGAAAAGGAAAGAUAAAAACACACUUGAUCGAGACACAAUGAACAACGUGAUGUUUGCCAAUGAUGAGAAUAGUAGUGGACACCGUACCAAAGUCACAGAGGUCUUCAGUGAAAAUGACGAAGAUGUUGACACAGGUAGAGUCAUGGCUUCAGAAGAAAAGGAGUCAAUCUUUAAUCGUCCUGGUCUUGGUAACCUUGUAUUCCGAAGGAACAUAACACCGGGAAUUACCACCGAUUUUGGUGAAAUCUCCACAGCCAAAGAUGAUAUAGGUUUAAAAGUUAACAUUGAAUUGUUUACUCUAGACGCCGAGAAUGUCAACAAAAUUGAUGGUGAAAAUGAUUACAAUGUGACUUGGAAUGAAGAGGACAUGGAACUGAAUGAGGAAGGAGAAAGUUCUUCUCUUCAGGUCUUCUUGGCAUGUCAUGGCUUACUUGAAUUACAUGUCACACUUUUGAGAGAAAAAAUUGAUUUAGAUUCUCUUCUCUUAUGUUCUAAUGAAGAUCUUCAAAGCAUAAACAUACAACUUGGACCAAGAAAGAAGUUACUUAAUGCAGUAGACAAAAGAAGACGAGCAGUGGACAAGUCAGGAGAGAUCACAGACACUAAGUUAUAAAACUUAUUGUUUAGUGUAGUAAAAAACAGAGGACACACUGACUAGUGCAGGUAAAUGAAGGUUAAAAAUCAUGAAAACACAAAUCGGAUAACUAACUGCAUAGUAUUGCCGAAGUUUGUUGAGAGAAUCAGCUGACUGGGACUGAGUAAUAUACCGGUUCCAAGCGGGAUCGUGAUGUUUCAGGAAAAUUCAAGAUAGUUCCAAAGAAAUAGUUAAACUAUAAAAGCAAGAGGUUACCUCUUUAUGGUCAUUACCCAUCUUUCAAAAACAAAAUCUAUGCAAAACAUUUAAAGGCCAUGGUGCAAAUAACACCAAAAUAAUGUAACUCAUAACAAC